AUGACAUCAGUUAGAAGAUUUGAAUGUGAUGAUUUAUUUAGAUUUAAUAAUAUAAAUUUAGAUUAUUUAACAGAGACUUAUUAUUUACCAUUUUACUUUCAAUAUAUAUCACAUUGGCCAUCAAUGUUAUCAAUAGCUGAAGAUGUAAAUGGUAGACCAAUGGGAUAUAUGUUAGGAAAAGCAGAAGGUAAAGGAGAGAAUUGGCAUGGACAUGUUACAGCAGUGACAGUUGCACCAGAAUAUAGAAGAAUAGGUCUAGCCGAUAAAUUGAUGAAGGUAUUGGAAGAGGUAUCGGAAUCAAUCUACGAUGGUUACUUUGUCGAUUUGUUUGUUAGAAAAUCAAAUACCCUUGCAAUCAAUAUGUACAAAAAGUUUGGUUAUACAGUCUAUAGGACUGUCAUUGGUUAUUAUUCAGGUCAAGAAGAUGCUCUAGACAUGAGAAAGGCACUAAAAAGAGAUGUUGAAAAGAAAUCAAUCAUACCUUUACCUCAUCCUGUUUAUCCUUCUGAUGUUGAUCUAUAG